GAGCCCAGCCGAGCCCAGCCGAGCCGAGCCGAGCCGAGCCGAGCCCAGCCGAGCCGAGCCGAGCCGAGCCGCAGCGGCGGGCGGGCGGGCGGGCAGCCCGCAGCAUGUCGCCGCUCCGCGUCUGCAUCGUCGGCUCGGGGAACUGGGGAUCAGCCAUAGCAAGAAUCAUUGGCAAAAAUGUCCAGAAGUCCAACAGAUUUGAUCCUACUGUCAAGAUGUGGGUAUUUGAAGAGAUCAUUAAUGGAAGAAAACUCUCAGAAAUAAUCAACCAGGAACAUGAAAAUGUUAAAUAUCUGCCUGGAUACAAGAUACCCAAAAAUGUGGUGGCUGUACCAGACGUGGUCGAAGCAGCAAAUGGGGUAGAUAUUUUAGUGUUCGUUCUGCCACAUCAAUUUGUCGGACGAAUCUGUGAGCAGAUCGCAGGCCAGAUAAAACCCGGGACAUUUGGAAUUUCACUGAUCAAGGGGAUCGAUGAGGGUCCUGAUGGCCUGAAGCUCAUAUCUGACCUCAUUCGAGAGAAACUGAAAAUAGAAAUCAGUGUGCUCAUGGGGGCCAACAUAGCCAAAGAAGUGGCUGAUGAGAAGUUCUGUGAAACCACCAUUGGGUGCAAAAAUGAAAAACAAGGGGAGAUCUUUAAAGAAUUAAUGCAGACCCCCAAUUUCAGGAUUACCGUGGUGCUUGACUCUGAUACGGUGGAGAUUUGUGGAGCCUUAAAAAACAUUGUAGCAGUGGGAGCUGGGUUCUGCGAUGGACUGGAUUUCGGUGAUAAUACAAAGGCAGCGGUUAUACGCUUGGGCCUUAUGGAAAUGGUGGCCUUUGCCAAGAUGUUCUGCAGGGGACCAGUAUCAAUAGCCACUUUUCUGGAAAGCUGCGGGGUCGCUGAUCUAAUCACUACCUGCUACGGCGGACGCAACAGGAAAGUAGCAGAAGCCUUUGCUCGCACAGGAAAAUCCAUUGAGGAUCUGGAAAAUGAGAUGCUGAAUGGACAGAAGCUGCAAGGUCCUCAGACCUCAGCCGAAGUCUACAAGAUUCUGAAACAGAAAAAUAUGCUUGAUAAGUUUCCAUUAUUUACAACCAUCUACAAGAUCUGCUACGAGGGUCAAUCGAUCCAGGAUUUCAUCGCGUGCCUGCAGAACCACCCAGAGCACAUUUAGAGAUCCCCUCUCCUCACCUGGUUGCAUUCUCAUCUUCCCAGGACUUCUGUCCACUCCACGGCAAAUAAAGUAGAGAAACAGGUUGUGUGACAACACUUGCUGUAGAAGCAACAAGGAAUGUAUUUUGUUAUCCUCACUCUGGGGGGUAAAAAAUCUGCCUUUAAUUUCAACAUUAUACCCAAGGAACAGGAAAUGAAUGUAAAAUUUAACAGUAUUUGAUUUGAGUUAGUAAUGUGAGCAUUUCCCUCGAAUUACUACCUUGUUGAUUGAAAACAGUUCCCCUUGUAAUUUAGCUCACAUGAACCUCAACAUCUUGCCUACUGAUAUUACUUACAGAACAGCACAAGGUGUGGAAAAAUUGAAGAACUCAUCCAAACAGAAAAAUAGUAAAAAAAAAGGUCUCACAUCAAUAAGAUGCAAUCAGCUGGGCAAAUGUUGGGUUUCCCCUAAUUCCCCUCAAACACAAAUAACUUCUUGUAUUUUGUGAUAUUUGGUCCUUUGAUUUCAUUCCCUAGUGUAAGCCUCUUUGGAAAAAUAGGUAUUGUUACUGUGCUCAGACAGAUGUGCAUGUUCAGCGGAGGCAUGAAUAAAACAGUUUAAGGGGCAGGGGGAAGGAAGAAAAAGGAGGAGGAUUGUUUGUUUCAAAUUGAGGACACUAGGAAUCCUUAGUAAUCGUCUGACCUUUGUUAAACUUACUGUAUUCCAUUGAAAUACAGGACAAAAAAAUUGGAAUAGCCAAAUACAUUUAUGUUAGUGUCAGGAUUUCUCAGCAAGUCAGAGCCAUUAAUUGGUACUAGGCGAGAGGGGAGAACUGGAGGUUGACGAGGAGGAUGUACGCACAGCUCAGCGUGCAGCCUGUGCAAUGGUCAUUCUGAGGAUGUAACAACAGUGAAAAACCCCCUGUGAUACUUGACGUUUUAUACACGCAUGAAAAUGACCGCUACAGACGCACAGAAAUGCUGUAAAAUUGCAUUUGAAAGCGGGCUGCAUUUUAACUCUGUCAGGAGACUCCACGGGACUGACAGCAGGGCAGCCCCCCUGUCGUUCCAGACUGCAGACUAACACCCUGGUCCUGCUGUAGCUUAAGCAACGCAUCUUACACUCCGGAAGAGAGAGAUCUCGAUCUACUUCUGAAUUUUAAACACUAACUGGUUCAUAUGCCAGUUUUUUUAUUUUGCUACUAAUGGCAUUAAUUUUAGAAACAUAAAAGUUUUUAAACCUUAUAGCUGUACUUGGGUAACUUUACAUACCUGAUGUUUUUCAGCGUUAAAGCCAACUAUGGAAUGAGCAAUGGCACAUUUUAUAAGUUUUAAUACCCUUUUGAAAGACACCUAUUUUGAGACAAGACAAACAAAAAGGAAGAGUAACCUACUUUUGCUUUGCUUUAUCCGAUUUUCCAAAAUAGCAGAGGAAGGCAAGUGGUUUUUUUUUAAUCUGUCUAUAUAUUCACUGACAUAUUGCUUGGGGGGGGGGGGGGGGGAAGCUGCGUUAUAAAAUUGUCUCCACUCUGCAUUUUAGAAGAAUGUUGUUCUUUCACAUUUAUCAGAGUAAUAUAUAUAUAUAUAUUAAAAAAUGUAUUGUAAUUAUAUUGUAAAAACCCCAGUCUCUCAGCUAGCAGUGGUGGCUCAGGUACCAGGCACUGGCUGCAGCACCGCGGGGCCCUGCCGCAGGGCAGCGAGGGUGGCUCACCUCCCCCAGCUCCGAGUCCUGCCACAGCCGAGGGCUCGCGGCUCCGCAGGGCAACGCCAACAUUCCUUCCGCUGAAACGGGAAUCAUCCGGCCAAACCCUUUACACAAAACAGGGAAAUAUGGUCCUCCGUUUCAAGUGGUAAAAGACUUAAAUACUGCGUGAUUUUUAAGCGUCAAAUACGUGAGGAUGGGAUAGAGAAUUCGGGGACUUCCUUACCUCACUGGCAGGCUGAACUUCUGAUAAGUGAUGUAUGAGCUAAUAGUAACAGAGAACAUUUUACAUUCAAAAUGUAUCAAAUAACAGUUUAAUAAAGUGAUCAACAUUCA